AUGGGUAAGAUCCGACCCGGACCGGAUCCAAAAGCGGCAUUGGUCUCAGAGAUUUGUUCCCUGUCGAAAUCACCAAUCUCUUGCAUUCAUAUCAAUCGCAACUCCGGUUCAUGUUUCAUCGACUGGUAUCUCAUUCUCGGUAACAUUGGACUGAUUUGGAUAAAACAGAUCCAGGAAGAUGCAGAGGCCAAGCUCAUACGUAAACGAUAUCACAAACUAGCCUUGAAGGUUCAUCCCGAUAAAAACAAUCACCCAAAAGCAGAUAUUGCUUUUAAGCUCAUCCACGAGGCUUAUAUAUGUCUUUCAGACGAAGCAAAGAGAAGAUGCUUCAACACAGACCGACGAAAGAACAUCUGUCUGAAAUGCAGCAGAGCCUCAUACAAAACCAAAGAGAACCGUACCGAUACUAAACCGAACCGGUUUUGUCAAACCCUCAGGGACAUUAGGGACAAGUUCAGAGAAGAGAACAAGGUGAUUGAGAGAUGUCUGAAGACCAACAACAAUUCAAGAUUCAUGGGAAACCUAACCGAGGAAACACCGGUAUUCAGCAUACCAAACCAAAAUCGGUUUAAUAAGGAGUCGCCGGUUUUUAAUCCAUCGGAUUACAGGUUAUGGGGUUAUCCACAUGUGAGAAAUCGAGUGUUGGACAACAACUUGUCUGAAUGGAGGGUGUUCAUGAGAAGCAGAUCCACUUGUGUUCACUCAUCGUGA